AUGCCUAGUUCGUCCCAUUCGCGAGGUAAGUAAUGUUAUACGAUAUAUAGUUAUUGUUUCUUUUAACGAUUUAUCAACUUCAACCGUUAAUUCGGUUGAGCUAAUUAUUUUGUCAUCGUCCAUCGAAAAGCUUCCUGUGAAUUUCCCACGCUUAAUAUACACUCACUUCUUAAGAGCUUUUUCAGCGAGAAAUUCGAUGUCAAGGCUUUUGGCUUUGCUCUUUAGCAAUAUACCAGCAGGAUUUUAUUUAAUUAAUACAUCAUGCAAGUAUAUGGCAGUGUAAUUUAACAAGUAUUUUUGUCUGCUUUUAAAGAGACGUUUCUUGGCCCACACUUGCAUAAUUAACUUUACUCUUUAGUAAAAUUAUUUUAUUCAGUUAGUGUUUCAAGUGCGCCCGUGUAGUCUCUUUAUAACAAAUACACUGUUAUACAAUCUUAAAAUCACUCAUUUUUCACUAUAUAAUAAACAAGUUUGGUUUUACUAUAGACGAUAACUCUUCCAUAAUUAACUUUUUGUAAAUAUACACUUGAACAGUCUUCGAGUGUAGGUACGUCGUACCAAUAAUUAAGAAAGCUUCGCCUUCGGAUUAACAGGGGAUACAACUACCUGAUAAAUACAAGGAAAAUGUCGACAUUUCUAGCGAAAGUCCUUUGUUGCGAAGUUAGUAUGAAAGUUAGUAAGUGUCUUCCCGUCACGAAGCCGAAAGGUUUUCGCUCGAAACGUCGAAGUACUCCUUGUGUUUUUCACGUAGUUGUAUCUAUCCCUACAUCAAAUCCGAAACACCUUAAAAUCUUCUUUCGUCAUAUCUUGCAUCAUUUUAUAUAUACUAUAUAACGGUUUAUUUUAUGGUCGGAAAAUGAUAUGCCUUAGUCCUUUAAUACUCUUAGUAAUAUUCCUACGGUGCAGGUGAGAAUCUAAAUUAAACAAUGGGGGAUCCGCGUCGCGGCCGCACUUUGUAUAGAAUUAUAAACCGUUGUGAAAUGUCGAUUAGCGAGAAACGGACACAUUUGGAUAUCACAAGGUUCUUCAACAGAGAGUUAGGCUACGUUUAUAUCGUUGUACCGGAUAGCUUUUCCGUAGCAACGUGAAAAUAAACCUAUCCGUACCUUUUAGGGACGCUGUUUUCAAAUGAAUUAUUGCAACGGAGAGAUGUUGUUUCGCUCAGUUUCUGAAACUUGUACAUUCCGUAUCGGAUAGGUUCUUUUUCGCGCCGCUACGAAAAGCUAUCUGGUAUAGUGUUCACGUAUCCUCAGUAGCAAGAUAUAAACAAAACUAGCUGCAUUUAUAUAUGAAACUACAAAGACGAGUUCUACAAUUUCGUACAAAUUACUCUAGUGACGAAGGAGUCGAAAGGUCGAGGAAUGUGUUAUCUUUUCGUGUUUUUUUCUUCAUAUUAACAAGAGGUAGAAGCAGAUAACUCGGUUUGCAGGAAAGUUCUCAGUUUUGUUAUGACUAUAAAUAAACUGUGACUGUGUUACGAAUAGUUGCCAUGGUAACAGUGACGUAACAACAACAAAUAGUGCAUUCAAUAUGGCGGACAUAUCUUUUUCCACAACUAGAAAAUCGCAGAAGUAUAAACACUAAAAUUGUACAAAUUAUAUAUAGGUUAUGACAUGGUUUCGCGCGUGAUUUAGAUUUCCUGAUAAAGAAAUAUAUUUUUGCUUAGGAACCAGGCUUUCUUUCCGUUUGGGUUAGCGAGGGAUAGCAAUGUAUCCAAAAAAAAUGUUGUAGUCGUUUUACCAUGCGUAUCGCUUUAUAUCCCAUCAGCCAGGAAAUGAACUUGACCCAAAAAGUGUAUUUUUAAUUCAGGAAAUUAAUUUAGGCACAAAAAUAGCUUUGAAUAGCAUCCAAGGUUAAGAAAAAACAGAACAAAAAUUUGAAAUAUGAAUAAAAAAAUUUUGAAAGCGUGGUUGUCAAAAUAUUAGGGAACUUAAGACGUGAAAAAUCUAGUAUUCGGAUGUGAUAAGACAUACCCUAAAUUCGCAGUGUCUGCAGCAACAUGAGUAAAAAGAUGGAUUCUUUUUGUCAACAAAGAAGGAUACAGGUGAAGAACAAAUUGCCGAGUUGUAACAAAUCAAAAAGAAAAGCAUAAGGAGCUGUCUUUCUGUCACGUCCGCGUACUAUAUUUAGCUCAUCUUGAAUUCGCUAUAAUCAUGCUAUUAGGUAGAUAUCUUAAAGAUCUACGACGUCAGCUAGGACGUCAGGGAUAAGCACAGGACUGGGACUAGCUAAAUAAAGAAACCUCAACCUAAGAUUCACGAUGUAGACAUUUAAACUAUAAAUAUUUACAUUCUUUUGAAAAUGACGUGUGAGCCAUUACCGUUUGUUAUGCUCUUGUCACCACGACGGUAAAACUCUUGUUGUGAGGUUGUCGAUGUCUGGUGGACGACGAGCAAAUUGAGAGAGACACAUGCCCACUUCAAAAACUAUUACCAAUUUACUUCCGCUUGCCGCCCUAAAUAUUUGACGUCGUAGAUACUUGAGCUAUCGACUUAUUUAGGACGACGUCCUAGUCCCAGUCCUCUGCUUAGCCCUGACGUCCUAACUGACGUCGACGUCGUAGAUCUUAAGUUAUCUAUAAAUGUCAGUCAAAGCGUAUGUAUGUCUAGUUAUUUCUGUGCAUGACAUCCAGUAAGAUUGGAGACGAAAAAAUUGGUUUAAUGAUGACUAAUAACGCCCACUUGGAAUGUUAAUUUCUUUGUCAUACACGCAAACAUGAUAAGGCUCGAGAAGUCUUGCCAAUACGGAUACUUCUGUUGGGUUAAAAUAAGUCAUAGUUAUAUAUAUUAUGGUGACUAUAUAGGUAAAAUUAAAUCUAUUUCAUAAAUUAUGAAGACACAAAGGAUUUAUUAACCCAAUAUCUUGUCCCUCUAUUGUCUUGCUAUUUGCAUGCCUAAAUAUAGAAGCUUUUAUGUAUAACACUGCUGUGGAUUCACAUGCGCUACUUACGUUUCAUCUCGAAUGCAGCAUUUUUGAAUACUUCGUAAAUCAGAAUAGUUCGUUUUAACUGGUAAAGUAUCUCAGCUAAUGCUGUCAUGAAAAUGCGCACUGAAGUGUAUCAUAUCGGCCUUGGAUGCAAUAAAUUUAAAAUUACACCUAUUUUAAAUUUACAUAAUCUAACGGCAAAUGAAACUUCUACAAGAAAACUUAUUUGUCUGUAUAAGUUUUAUAUACAAGAACAGUGCAUGUGCGCCAGUGAAGGACGUCGUGCCAAUAAAAACUAUCCCUAUACCAACGAGACUUGUAUCCCUAUCAACGAAAGCUUGUAUAUGCAAAGAAUGUUAGAUUUGCGUGUUUGUUGUGAAGUCAUAAAACAGCCGCGUUUUCAAAAGUUUUCAAAAGAAAUCGACGGGGUGUAUAGAUUAUUGCAAUUCAUAUUCAACAAUGCAUUGAAUAAAAGCAAUUACAGAAGGUAAUUAAGACAACAUAUCUACACACACACGCGCUAUAUAGCCAGACAUUUUGACACUGGUCCACUUCAGGACGCGCUGACCUUACUGCAAAGAACAAGAAAAAUUCCAAGUCAGUUAUAUAACAAGGUAGCUAUAAUCAUGUAUUCUGUUAGUUAAAUAUUGUGUUAGGAAUUCUAUCUGUUCGAUCAGAUUACGGUUUGGCAAUACAUUAUCGAUAUAUAUUCAGAGUAGAGAUAAUCUUUCACGUAUUGUAAAACAGCCAUUUCACGUUUCAGAUAUAAAAGUUUAGCCUUUUCACGUUUUUAAUUGAUAUGUUAUUUCCUAACUUGAGUACUCAAUAUCUCUCUUAGUUCUUUACCCUAUAUUGGUUUUCAAAACUAAAUAAUUUUAACCAAGAAAAUAGUCUUUAGGGUAUAGAGUUUAAAUAGUCGACUAUAUAUAUAUAUAUGAUCAUGAAAUUUUUUUUUCAUAAACCUUUACUGAUUUUCCAAGAAUACAAUAUUUUUAUCCGAUAUUUUUGAAAUACCAAUGAGUAAGUAUAUAACAAAGAAACGUAUAUUUUGCCAUUGCGAUCUUUUUUAAAUAUGCAAUAAUUUUUUUGACAAAUUACCGUUUUUGGCGCUGUAUUUCUAAAGCAUUUUUUUCGAGCUUUUUUUUGUGCAUAUUAUAAUAUAUAUAUAUAUACAUAACAUCAUAACUUUAAUUUCACAGAUCACCCUCCGUCGUUCAGCCCUGAGCUUUACCAAGACAGAAGAAUUAUGGUGAAGCGAAACAUGAAGGAAAAGUCUCGUUCGGCACUAUGUCUGCUGGUAUUUUUUGGCUGUGCCAUAAUGUUCUUUGCGCUCGUUCUAAUUGGCUGUUCCUUUGCAAUUAAUUACGAUGAAGACUUUGAUUUUGAUAACGAUCAACUCGAAGCGAAAAUUCAAAGCCAGUUCAACUAUAACCAGUACUGGGCUGGUGUGCCGGUAGGUAGACGCCACUUGCAACAUGAUUUAUGAACUUAAAUUUUGUCGUGGUAUUUGCCGAUAAAUCGGUAACCACUACAGGAAAACAGAACAAAUUACAGUAAAUCACAACAGACUACAGAUGCGGAAGUAGGACACUUUUUGCAUUAUGACUAAAAUACAAAAAGUGUCCAACUUCCGCUUCUGUAGUCUAUUGGCAAACACCACGAUAAAAUUUAGUUAGUAUUCUUUAUGCGCUAAUUUGUAGCAAAGGAUACAUUUUUCUUUAGAUUUAUUGCAUAAAAAGUGCGAAAUGUUAAUUUUAGCUACAGACGAACAGAACGUAUUACAGAAAAUCACUGAACAGACUACAGAAGCGGAAGUGGGAAAUUUUUUUGUAUUUUAACUGUAAACCCUGGCAUGCGAGAAUGGGUUGAGAAUGAGUUGAUAUAAGAGUUGGCAGUCUCCAGUGGCAAAGCUAUCCAUGGUAACUUGUCAUGCUAUGCUAAUGAACCUGCGUCUAAAUAGUUUAAAUUAAAGACAACACAUUUCUUUAAGGUUUGAAUGAUGUAAAUCAUUGAACGUUUGCAUAUAGCAUGACCUGUUGCCAGAGCAUUUUUUAACUACAUAACUCCUGGGUCAUUUACCCCAGUAGGCCCUUUGCUUGCCCCAGUAGUGAAGCAAUAUUUUCAGAUGAGCUGGGCCCUUUUGAUCAUUAGUAAAAAGUCAUCCUUGACCUUGUUGAAAAAGCUGCAUCUACCUGCUUUCUCAUAUCCUCUCACAUUCCAUCUUAUAAAAGUCAGCACAGCAUGGUCUUUAUAUGUAUAAGUAACGGUGUGAGGAGGGUGCCCUCAUUAAGACUUAGCCCCAGUAGUUGUAAAUUCUUAAAAAAUGCCCUGCCUUUUUGCUAUGGCUAGCUUUGCCACUGACAGUCACGCAUUGUUACAGGAGACAUUUCAUGCUCUGGAUUAACAAAAGGUUUGAUGAAUGUUUCAACUAUGUUUUAACUUCAACAGAAUACAUGAUAGUGUUGGGAAAGCAUUAAGAACAGCUAACCAAGCUCGCGUGACUGUCAACUCUCAUGCACUCUCGUUUGAUCGGAACGUAGGAACGCAAUAGAUUACUUGUGUGCUAAUUGGUGCAAGCUAGGAUUUCGACGAAUUGACAGUCAUCAUAUUUCUGAGAAAAGCGCCAUACACUACAGCACCAGAACUUUAUCCAUACAGAAUAACCAAAUUUUCUAUGAGUACAAGCAGAUAUCCUGGGUCAAAAUAAAUCUAACAACCCCCUCCCCAAGCUACUGGCGUUCACUGCAAUAAUCAAAAUAUUUUACAGUUCUUCGUCUCUGGAACUCUGGUGUUGUUCUCAGGGAUCUUUCAACGAUCAAGAGGGCUGGUAAGAUUCUUCAUCAUUACAGAACUAAAGAUUUUUUUUGUUUUAUUUUUAAAAUAGCAUGAACAAACGCAGAAUUUAUUUAUUUUUGUUAAAACUUUAUUUUAAUGACGUUAACCCGACCAGCAAAAGCUGGUUUUAACGGAGGCGUCAAUUGCCAAUUAUACAAACACAUAACUACAAUAAAAAAUAAACAAUUAUUAAGAUAAUUAAAAGCUCGCGGUGUGGACAGCUGCCACGCCAUAAUUCGUCAUCAAAAUGCUGACGCCAUGGUCUUAGCCAGUGCGCUUAUGCAUGUGAGGCACUUUUGUGUGUCUCUAUGCUGUGGUAUGAUUCCUGGCAAGUACGGUUACUGUCGCCAUGUUGAGUGAUAUCUUGAUUUGGAAAAGUGAUUCCCUUGUUUGUAGUUCAAAUUUCAUCCAACAUGACGACACUUUCUAAUUCUUCUUUGAAUCUCGCGGAAUGUUCACACACUACAUAUGUUCUGAUAACCAUCUUUGUCUAAAUCAACGUCGAUAUUCUAUUUUAUUUCAGACAAUGACCAGUGUGAUAUUUUGCGUCGUUUCUGUCGCUCUUACCUUGUUCGUCUUGGCAUUGGAUGGUCCCAGUUUCUCCUACUGGAACUCCUUGGAAAGAUCAAAAGCUUACUGGGACUCGAAAAGCGGUUACAGUUGCGGAACAGAUAAUGCGUCAAAAGCUUGCACGUGUGUAGGCUCAUCUUCUCGUAAGUAUUAACAUUGAAUAAAUAAAAGCUGUUUUCCAUCUCGCUAUUUUAUUUUCUAUGGUAUAGUUAAGCAGUGUAUUUACACUGUCUCUGCAAUGUCUACCGCCUCACAUCUUCUUCUGAUCUAUUCAUUCUAUAAUGUCUCUGACCAGCUCUCCUUCAUCUCUUCUUUUUACGUGUCUAUACCAUCUCAACCUUGCUUGCCUCACCUUCUCUGCAAUGUCUACCACCUAAUAUCUUCUUCUGAUCUCUUCAUUCCAUAAUGUCUCUGACUAGCUCUCCAUCUCUUUUUAUUACGUAUCCAUACCAUCUCAAUCUUGCUUCCCUCACCCUCUCUACAAUGUCUACCACCCCACGUCUUCUUCUGAUCUCUUCAUUCCAUAAUGUCUCUGACUAGCUCUCCAUCUCUUUUUAUUACGUGUCCAUACCAUCUCAACCUUGCUUCCCUCACCUCCUCUGCAAGGUCUACCCCCCCCCCCACAUCUUCUUCUGAGCUCUUCAUUCCAUAAUGUCUCUGACCAGCUCUCCUUCAUCUCUUCUUAAUACGUGUUCAUACCAUCUCAGCCUUGCUUUCCUCACUUUCUCUGCAAUGUCUACCACCUCACAUCUUCUUCUAAUAUCUUCAUUCCAUAAUGUCUCUGACCAGCUCUCCUUCAUCUCUUCUUAAUACGUGUUCAUACCAUCUCAGCCUUGCUUCCCUCACCUUCUCUGCAAUGUCUACCACACCACAUCUUAUUCUAAUCUCUUCAUUCCAAGCAUUGCGAACACAUACUGAUAUUUUUGGAACCAGUUGAUAAUUCUUUUUAAAAAACUGAAACUAAUAUCUUAUUCAUAUUGGAAUCUCACAGCUCAAAAGAUCAGUGACUACGAAUGCAAUAUAGUGAGGAAACUCAGCGCCUUGUACGGAGCCUUGGUGGCGUCAGCCAUUAUGGUGACUUUAUUCAGCAAGGCUACCAUUAUUGUCGUCAUUAAGUCGUUGUCAUGGAAACCACAAAUUUAUGUAAGUAAUCAGUGUUUUAACAUUGAAUCAGUUUCCUCAAACAUUUCUUACAAAUCCUUCAAAACUUAGAAUUUAUCUAUGCAAAAUUCCUACUGUGAUCACAGAAACUUCUAUAGUGUAAACCUUAAUAGCUUAAGACUUCUCUUUCCUUUUCAACAGCCAUCACAUCAUAGUUAUUACAAUAGCGCAGACGAGUUCUACGUGGAAUCAGGACGCCGUACGCCAUCAUAUAUCGAUAUGCCUGCCGUCGCCAAGCGUCCAAAUGGCAAUGACUAUUCUGAGCAUUCAAAUGGAAAGAGAGCAACUCCUUACAGAAAUUAUCCUUUCUAA